AUGGCCAAGGAUCAAGCGCGAAGAAACAACCCAUUCAAUACCUUCAAGUCUCUCGAGAGCAGUAAUAAACAACGAAAAUGGCAGCAUCCUGGAUUCCGCGGAACCAAUCUGAGGAUCUCAGGUGCUUUCAAUGCGCACGAGACUACUACUACUACUACUACGACAAGAACAUUCCGGCGCCCUUUCUCAUACACGCACUCCCCUCGAGACAAUUACAGACGCUUUCGACGAAAUGAUCAUAAGUCGUGGCAGUUCAAUUAUGGAUCUGAUCAUUUGCAGCAUCGAUUUCAGCGGGUGGUAGAUAUUUUGUCAAGUAGGGUCGUUUUGGUGGUGGCUGCAGGCGGACUUGCCCUUUAUGUGAUGAAUCUGGAGACUGUUGAGGCAACUGGCCGGCGUCGUUUCAACGUCGUAUCCGCAUCAACUGAGAACCAAUUCGGCGAGCAGCAUUACCUUGAAGUCCUGCAAGAAUACAAAGGCCGCAUCCUCUCCCCAAAUCAUCCGUAUACCAUCUUGGCGAUGCGGGUUAUGGAUAGGCUAAUUCCUCAUAUAAAGCUUGAAGGGGCCGAUUGGAAAGUGCAUGUUAUCCAGGAUGAUGAAAUGAUGAAUGCUUUUGUGUUGCCCUCAGGGAAAGUCUUUGUCUUCACAGGUAUUCUGCGCAUUGCCAAAAAUGAAGAUGGCUUGGCCGCUGUGUUGGGACAUGAAGUCGCACAUGUAAUAGCCCACCAUCCGGCUGAGCGCAUGAGCUCCGGGUUUAUUGUCUGGGCCGCCAUUAUGGCUAUUUCGAGUCUGUUUGAUAUUUCGGGACAGCUGCCUUCGAUUUUUGUGAAUUUGAUGUAUAGUUUGCCGAAUUCACGGGUACAAGAGGCUGAAGCUGAUAGGAUGGGACUGAUGCUCAUGUCUGAAUCCUGCUAUAAUCCUGACGCUGCUCUCCAGCUUUGGGAGAAUAUGCGAAGAAUGGAAAAGCAAGCUCCGCCCCAAUUCAUCUCGUCACAUCCUUCGCACUACAAUCGAUUGCAGGCAUUGCGUGAAUUGCUGCCGGAAGCUGAAGGACGACUUGAUGCCAGUGGAUGUGGUUUCACGAGUCAAUAUUACCAAGGAUUCCAGAGUGCCUAUGAUAACACGAACUGUCUUCCCGUGUUUGCGUCAGAGAAUAUGUCGUUGUCAAUACCCGGUCCUUCGCAGGCCGGCCUGUUCAAACCUGGAUAUCAAAGCCACGACGCCGAAGACGGUGCCGUCAUCCGCAAUAUCGAAGCAUGCCGAGCAAUCUCCCAAACCGUCCAGUCCUCCCUCGGUCCCCAUGGCCGCAACAAGAUCGUCAUUAACCAUUUACAAAAGAUGUUUCUCACCUCAGAUGCUGCCACGAUCCUACGAGAAUUGGACGUUGUGCAUCCAGCCGCGAAACUGCUCGUAAUGGCUAGUCAGCAGCAGGACUCUGAAAUGGGCGAUGCUACCAAUUUGGUUAUUGUUUUCGCGGGCGAGUUGUUGAAGAAGGCCGAGGAGUUGUUGAGGAUGGGCUUGAAGACGAGCGAUAUUGUGCAGGGUUAUGAGAAGGCGCUGAUUUUUGCGCUGAAGGCUUUAGAAGACCUCGAAGUCGAUCGCUUGAAGGAGAUGCGUUCACCAACAGAACUCAGCAAAGCCUUAAGCACUGUUAUCGCCAGCAAACAAUCCGGCUCGGAAGACUCGCUUGCCGCCCUCGUCGCCGAAGCCGUUCUUGCAGUUUUGCCCAAAAAUCCCGCCAAUUUCAACGUGGACAAUGUCAGGGUGGUAAAGAUUAUGGGCGGAAGCUUGGAGCAAUCGCGUGUAGUCAAGGGCAUGGUUUUCGGUCGUGAGCCCGAUGGACAAGUCAAGAAGGCCCGCAAGGCCAAGGUUGGUGUCUUCAGUUGCCCGAUUGAUAUCUCCCAGACCGAGACCAAGGGUACCGUUCUCCUGAAGAAUGCCCAGGAGAUGCUCGAUUUCACAAAGGGGGAGGAAGAACGCUUAGAAGCCAUCGUCAAGGAGUUGUACGACUCGGGCUUGCGUGUUGUGGUUGCUGGAUCUACAGUGGGAGAAUUGGCUCUUCACUAUCUUAACCGCUUCAAUAUCCUAGUUGUCAAGAUCUUGUCCAAGUUCGAAUUGCGUCGUCUUUGCCGCGUUGUUGGCGCAACACCGCUUGCUCGUCUUGGCGCGCCUAUGCCCGACGAGAUGGGAAAUAUCGAUGUUGUCGAGACUACAGAGAUUGGAGGUGACCGUGUCACCGUUUUCCGUCAGGAAGACGCAAACACUGUUACCCGGACUGCUACCAUUGUUCUAAGGGGUGCCACGCAGAACCAUCUUGACGAUGUUGAGCGUGCCAUUGAUGAUGGCGUCAAUGUCGUCAAAGCCAUUACCAAAGAUCCUCGACUUGUGCCAGGCGCCGGAGCCACAGAAAUUCAGCUAGCCGAGCGCAUUUCUGCUUAUGCAGACAAAACUCCCGGCCUCCCACAGUAUGCCAUUAAGAAAUACGCCGAGGCGUUUGAAGUGAUCCCGCGAACUUUGGCGGAAUCAGCCGGUCUCGAUGCUACUGAAGUCCUUUCGCGACUUUACACAGCACACCAGCGCACGAAAAAGUCUAGCUCGGAUUCAGAUGAAGACGAGGAUUCAGACGAUGAGGAGGAUGACUCGGAGAACUCCGCCGAGGAUUCAGAUGAAGAUUCAGACGAGGAAGAGCCUUACUGGACGACAGGAGUUGACCUGUUCUCGAAUUCUGCGUCAGGCACUAUCGAUGCUCUGGAAGAAGGUAUUCUGGACCUUAUGGCGUCCAAGAACUGGGCCAUUCGCCUGGCUACUGAGGCUGCUCGCACAGUUCUGAGCGUCGACCAGAUCAUUGUAGCUCGUCAGGCUGGUGGGCCCAAGCCCCCUGGUCAAAAUCCAAACUGGGAUGAAGACUAA